AUGACAACACUUGGCUUUCACAGCUUUGCAGAGGCAAAUGUUUACGUAACAUUUGUUCUGUUGGGCAUGUCGAUCGUGAUGGUACUGGGUGCGAUGCUCAGCGCUCCGGCCUUCAUUGCUUCGUACUACAUUUAUGCCACGGGCAAGCCCGAUGCGGUAUGUGAGAAGCCCUACUUUUGGGACAACGCGCUCACUUUCUUCUUCGCGAUCAUGUUCGCAGUUCAAUUCAUUUGUGAAGCUCUGACGUUGACCCCUUUCGUGCGUCGAAUCCCUCUUCGCCUUCGUCUCAUCGUUGGCUUGUGCAUUCCAUUCAUUGAAAUGUUCAUCCUUGAGAUCGUCCCAGUCAUUAAAAUUUCCUCACAAGAUGGUGCCAUCGCAGUAAUAGUGGUCGUGGGGAUUGUGAGUGGUUUUUCAAAAGCCCUCUGUGAUUCGACUACCAACGCUAUUGUGGGCCCUUUUCCUACCAAGUUCAUGAACGGUGCACAAUGGGGUCUAACGAUAUCUCCACUAAUGAUGUCUGUCGUUGAGAUGAUUCUGAAGGGCUCUUUCUCUGACAGUUUCAGUGAUACCCUGAAGAAGUCUCGCAUUUAUCUUGGCAUUGGCAUGCUUUUUCAGUUUUUGGCGUUGGUUGAGAUGCUGAUUUUAGACAAAAAUCCGUUUGCACAAAAGUACAAUGCCGAGUUCCGUUUCAGAGCGCUACAGCGAUCCAAUGCAAAUGUUGACAAUCAACCCGACUCGGGCAAUGCUGAUGAGACGACGGAUCUUAUUCAUUCUGGGGCGCCUCGUUUGGGGUCAGAUCAUCGUGCUGAUGGCGCUCAGCCCAAUGAGGGCAUGAACGUUGUGGCUGAAGGCAACUUGGUAGCUAAUGAGGCCAAGGGUGAUUCUCAGGUGGAGCGGAUGAAUGCGGAUUUGAAUAAGUCGAGCUCGUUAAACUUUGAGAAUGACUCUCACCACAAGCACCACAGUGCCAACGCAGCAAUUUUGAGGGCUACUGGUGACGCGGACAAAAUGGUAGAUGUCGAUCAAGUGAACAACGUAACAUCCAGUGAUCAGAUGCUCAAGGUGAGCGCUAUGAGUGUGAUCAAGAGAGUGUGGCCAAUGUUGUUCUGUACCUUUUUUAUAUACUUCAUAAGUCUCCUUUUGUUUCCAGGCCUCUUCCUCAAGGUUGCCAUUAACACGAAUGAUUGGUAUUCUACGCUUGUUGUGUUUCUAUAUAAUCUGGGAGACUUCUUGUCACGUAUACUGCUGAUGUACCGCCCCUUUCGGCCAUCCCCAAAGGUUGUGUUAGCCGGUUCCAUUGUGCGACUUGUCAUUAUUCCGCUACUGGUACUGUGCGCUAAGCACACUAUCAAAGGAUAUGCCCUACCUUACGUCCUGAGUAUAGUACUCUCUCUGACGAAUGGGUACUUCGGUACAAUGGCAUGCAUGUAUUCUCCACGUACUCCAACUCUAUCUAAGGCUGGAGAGCGAUCCCUGGCAGGUAUUUUGUCCGGUCUCUUCCUGAUGCUGGGCUUGUGUACUGGCUCUAACUUAGCAGUGUUGGUGAACCUUGUAAUAUAGACAGGAUGAAGUAAGAAAAAUUACUCCAGAAAGUCUGUACGCAUAAGUAUUGCGGUAAUUUUGAUGACGGAAAGCUAUAAGAAGGUGAUAAGUUUUUAGCAGAGUUAGCAGAAAGGUUUCACAGGGAACUGUAAGCGUAGUGCAAAUAAAAAUAAAAUUUCAUUCUAUCUAAGUUGAUAUUAAUAGCUCAUAUGCAUUCAUAAAUGUAUGUAUUUACUUUUUUUGAUUUUCUGAGAAUUUUCUAUAAAAACUUAAUUAAUUGGUAAAUAUAAAAUUAUGUUGAUAAAAACUCCUCCCAUUUAUUUGGUAUAAAUUUUAAUUUCAAAGGGACUUGUUGAAUAGCCCAGGUACGUGUAGGAAUGUAUACGCUUUUUUUUUCUAACAUUUUUUUCUAGAUUGAUCCCUUCCCUCAUAUUUAAUUAUCUUUGUCUAAAAGUAGAAGAAUAAUAAAGGUCAAAAUUCAGGUAAGCAUUUUUCAGUUUACAUGAUACGUUGAGUAAAAAUUUAAGUAAACUAAUUCUAAAAAUGUUGUGAAUGCCAAUGCGGAUUUUUAAAUCAGUGAUAUAUUUCUAGGAAUAAUAUUUAAUGUUUUUUUUCGGAUUACUAAGAAAAAUAAUUGAUUUGCUUCUCUACGAUUAAAAACCAUUGAUUUAAGGGGAUUUCUUGCCUUUCGAAGAAUGAAAAUUUAAUUACUUUGAGUGUUAUGAUUAUUAAGAUGUGCCCACUUUCUUUUAGUUCUGUUCUCCGUCUUAGCAAUCAUAUAACCUCGUAGAUAGCCAUUAGUCCUUGCUUUUUAGAUGCACCGAUGAGACUUCUUUUUGUAUAUUUAAUGAAGAUUGCCUUCGGAUAGUUGAAACGUGAGCAUUGAUUUGUGUGCGAUGCAUUUACUCACGAAGUGCUUAUUUGUCGUUAAUUGUGUCUUCCGAACGUUAAGGCAUAACUUUUUUCCACCUGUGUCGUUUGGUUGAGACUCAUGGAGCGUUACAACGACCAUUUCUUUCUGAACCUUGUAUUGUAGGUCUGGUUAGCUGUAGUUACUGGGUCGUGAGUUAGUCGUGUAAUCUCUAUACAAAGAUCCAUAUAAAUUCAAACACAUGGGACAUUUUUAUCGGAUAUCUUAGUUUAUGAUUUCUUUGCCGAUGGCUCUACUUUUUUAUCUGCUUAAAUUGAAGGAGUACUUAACCUAUGUCAUGGUUCGCUUAUGAUGGUCGAAAGUAGAUUAAUACAUAAUUCUAAUCAAAGUAUUGAUGAUUUUUUCCAUUUCCUUUGAGCAACAUUUGCUACGUUUUUUUCAUUAUUAUUAGCAAUAUUACACUCUUUACUCUUUUCAUUACAUUAUAGUUUUAAUAUACUUCAUCAUUAUUAAUGCUGCAGAGUUGUUUCUUUACUCCUUGAGUUAAAACUUGGAUUUGCAAUAUUUUACGGGGUAAUAGAUUUUUUUUCAGAGGGAGUGAAUGUUCCUUAAUGAUCAUUUACGCGUUUA